AGAACUUCGCCGUCAGGUCUCCCAUGCCGUCGGGCAACAUCAUCUUCUACGACGCCAGGGACAUCCUGUUCUCGCCGUCCGACGGGGCCCACUGGCGGCGGAUGCGGAAGAUCUGCGCCAUGGAGCUGCUUGGGGAACGGCGGGUGAAGUCGCUCCGGCCCAUUCGAGAAGAAGAGGUCGGGAAGAUGGUGAAGUUUAUCCGCAAUCAGUCACGCGACACAAUCUUCGUAUUAGCGGUCGUGGCAACAAAGUACGGAGGAGGGAUGGUGAACCUGAGCGAACUCCUGAUUGCGGCAGCCAGCACGAUGGUCUCGAGGGCGGCGUUUGGAAAAAUCCGGGAGCUGGAGGGAUCUUUCCUGACGCUGGCACAUCGGGUCGUCCAGGCAAUGGGAGGGUUCAGCGUCGGGGACAUCUUUCCUUCCCGCCGGUUGUUGCGGUUGAUCACUGGAACAGAGAGAAAACUGAGGAAGCUUCACGAAGAAGGAGAUAUGAUCCUCCAAGAGAUAAUCGACGAGCACUUAUGCAGGCGAUCGACGGGAACUAGGAGAGAAACAUAUGAUGAAGGAGAAGAUCUAGUCGAUGUCCUCUUGAAUUGCACCGAUGACCACGUUGAGGUUAAAGCCGUCAUUUUGGACAUGUUCCUAGCUGGGGGUGACUCUUCUCCCGGUGUUGUGGAAUGGGCCAUGUCAGAGUUGAUGAAAAACCCAAAAGAGAUGGAAAAAGUGCAAAGAGAAAUGAGGCGUGUGUUCGACAAAAAAGGGAAAGUCGUGGAUGAAGCUUGUUUUGGUGAAUUACAUUAUCUCAAAUUGAUCGUCAAAGAAACUUUCAGAUUACAUCCUCCUGUUCCUUUGUCGAUUCCAAGAGAGGGUAGAGAAAAGGUUGUGAUUGAUGGAUACCAAGUUCCAACAAAAACAAGGGUCAUCAUCAAUAUGUGGGCCAUCAACCGAGAUCCCUCGCAUUGGACCCAACCAGAUCAAUUUUUGCCAGAAAGAUUCCUCGACACUUCCAUAGACUACAAGGAGUCACAGAAACAGAGAGUGAACUCAAACGAUCAUGAGAUGAUAAUCUCUUUGAUCACCAGUAACCCACUAAUCCUCCUCCUCAUCCUCUUCCUAACCCUUCUUCUAAUCCUCAAAUCCCAUCUCAAGCCGAACAAUUCAACCUUUCCCCUGCCUCCAGGGCCAUGGAAGCUCCCCAUCAUCGGAAACAUCCACCAGCUCGCCUUCUCCUCCAACUCCGCCCUCAUCCACCACCGCUUCGCAGAAUUAGCGAAGCAGUACGGGCCCGUGAUGCAUCUCCAGCUCGGGGAGACCUCGAACGUGCUGCUGUCGUCCCCUGAAGCAACCAGGGAGUAUCUCAAAACCCACGACCACAACUUCUCGUACAAGUCUUACACGCCGUCGGCCAGCAUCAUCUUCUACGGCGGCAGGGACAUCGCUUUCUCGCCGGAGGGGGAGUACUGGCGGCGGAUGCGGCGGAUCUGCACAUCGGAGCUGCUGACGGAGAAGCGGGUCCGGUCGUUGCGGCCGAUUCGCGAGGCAGAGGUCGGGAAGCUGAUGAGGUCGAUUCGUGGUCGGAGCGAGAAGCUGAGAUCAGAGCCCAACAGUACUUCUGGCUCCGCCGCGGAUAGCGUCGGCGGCGGCGGGCGAGCGGUGAACUUGAGCCAACUACUGAUCUCGAUGUCCAGAGCCAUGACAUCGAGGACGGCGUUUGGGAGGAUCCGGGAGCUGGAGGGAGGUUUCCUGCCGCUGAUGCGUCGGAUCACCGAGCAGCUUGGAGGGCUCAGCACGGGAGACAUCUUCCCUUCCCACAGAUGGUUGCAUCGGAUCACUGGAACAGAGAGACAGCUGAAGAAGCUCCACAAAGAAGCAGAUGCCAUGCUUCAAGGUAUAAUUGACGAGCAUUUAGCAAAAAGAUCAGGAGGAAUGGAGGGAGAGGAUCUUGUUGAUGUGCUGUUGAGGUGCACAGAAGACCACAUUGAGGUUAAAGCCGUCAUCUUGGACAUAUUCCUAGCUGGGGGUGACCCUUCCCCUACUAUCAUUGAAUGGAUCAUGGCCGAGUUGAUGAAGAACCCUAAAGAGAUGGAAAAGGUACAAAUAGAAGUGCGAGGUGUGUUUGAUGGAAAGGGGGGAGUAGUAGAUGAAGAUUACUUCGAUGAACUACACUAUUUCAAAGCCGUCGUCAAUGAAACUUUCAGGUUACAUCCUCCUGCUGCUUUGUCGCUACCAAGGGAGAGUCCGGAAAUGGUUGUGAUUGGUGGAUACCAGAUACCAACGAAAACAAGAGUCAUUGUCAAUAUGUGGGCUCUCGGUCGAGAUCCCUCGCAUUGGACCCAACCGGAUCAAUUUAUGCCGGAGAGGUUCCUCAACACGCCUCUCGAUUAUAAGAGGAAUGAUUUUAAAUUCAUCCCAUUUGGAGCUGGACGAAGAAGCUGCCCGGGCAUGAACUACGCGAUUGCUACCGUGUAUCUUAUACUCGCCAAUUUGCUCUAUCAUUUUGAUUGGAAGCUCCUGAAUCAAAUCCAACCCCAAAAGCUUGACAUGUCCGAAGAAUUUGGAGCCACGGUUGAAAGAAAAAAUAAUUUGUAUCUCAUUCCCACCCCUUACAAUGCACCCUAGGUAGCAAGUAAUGAGGUGAUGAAUUAAGUCAAAGUGGUGUGUGUUUCCAUUUGUUUCCGGACAAAAAUGCGUGGUUUGGGGUUUCCGUCUAGCCAGAGUCUCUUUUUGUAAUGCGUUUUCAUUUCAAAAUGUAAGAAGUAAUAAAAUCUCUCGUCUUUCUUCUG